AUGAAGCGGAGCCCGUUGGAACCGCGAAUGGACGACGAGAUACCCCGAACACCGCCAGACGCCCUGAAUGGCAUCUACGAGCAGCACUAUGUUCACGAUCCAUUCCCAUUCAGGGAGCGCUCACACCCCAGCACAAGCAACGGUGACCUAAACCCGGGCUACUGCCAGCUCAUCAACAAACCGAUCGUCGACGCGGCCGGACACCGUGAAUAUGGGUGGAGCCUUGAUCAGAAAAUCCCCGUCUCCAACUCCCAUCCAAAGGCGAUCUCCCCGCUGGACGAGGCAAUCCCAUGCCAAAUCGGCUUCCGCAGCGCCUGCUCCACCACCAGCACCACGAUCUCGUCGCAAAACCCGAACGCGUACACGCAGCUGAAGAACUACCAUGCGGUUGUGGCACCGCCCGGUUCCGGAUCGGCCUCACCUCAACCCGUUCCCCGGACCAGCACCCCAGCCCAAUCCCCGCUGCUGGGAACCCCGCCCGGCUUUGACGCGCCCCCGCCGCCGGAGGCGCUGAAGAAAGCUAAGGAGGAGGAGGAGAAAAAGAAGGAGGAAGCCAAAAAGGCUGACGAAGCUGAACAACAAAACGAAGAGGCAGGAGCUGUACAACAGGAGGAGCAAGGGAAAGAGAAGGAAGCUGACGAGGCGCACGGGUCGCCGGCGCCCAUCAAGAAGGCGCCCUGCGUCCCGCCACGACGCCCAUCGACGGAAGGCCGUGAUAUUUUCCGGACCCUGCAAUUUACGAAGCUCCCCGCCCCGGCACCAUCGUCCGAAAAGCCGGAACGUCCGGCCACGCUCGACCUGGCGGUAACCCCCGGUGAAUCUGGAAUCAGCACUGCCGGCAGCUCGUUGCCGUCCAGCUCGCACUCUCUCCCUCUUGGCCAAUCGCGAAGCACCACGGUCCCCGUCGAGUUU